AUGCCCUCAUGGACUUGCUCCCGUGAUGAAUAUCCCCAGUCCGUUCAUGCGUUGAUGUCUCUGUGGGGUGGGUUCGCACCACUAACGGAAGUUAGCGAUAGUGGUCUAGAAAAGCGUCUCGAGGUGGACUUUAAAUUCCCCUGUCCGAUCGGAAAGCUCACUGUGGCUGACAUAGAGGCCCUUAUGAGGAACGUUGAUGAAUAUCUCGAGAAUUACUCUUGCGAGGGUGAUUUUCAGUCGUUCACAUUCUCACAAACCUUGAUCGUACUCACCUCGAAAAUGCUUAUGAUGAGCAGCAACUCAACGGUGAUGUUGCACCACGUCUUGAAACCGUUGUUGGAUCUUCUCAACCAGCGCAGCGUUCUGGUGGAGUGGAUGUCGUUUUCUCGUAGGAACACAACGGCACCAUGGAGCACGCAAUGCGAGACGAGCGACAUCAUGGCUCAGGAGUACGCCGAGCUGAAAGCUGCCUUUCCUACAGGUCAGUCCUUUCUGUUGGGCCCCGUCGAUAGCGAGCACUACUUUUUCUUUACCUUUGAUGCAAUUGACCGGUCAGAGGGCAAUGCGGUAGAGCAAGAUGUACAAAUCAACGUGUUUCUUUAUGACAUCGUGCGGGAUGAGGAUGAUGAACUGGCCCCCAACGUCGGAUUGACUCGCAAGAAUACGCAACAAUUGACACAUUUGGAAGGAAACACUUACGAGAUUAUGCGUACUUUUGAUGAUAUUUCAUACAUUUCCUUUGAGACCAACGCACGAGUCGCUAUGGAAUCCCCGGCGCGUCUGGAGUCGCUACUGAAGAAGUACAAGCCCUCAAAAAUCGUUAUGUUUGCGCUCCAAGACAGGAAUAUAGAGCCUGGUAUGCUUUGUCGCACCUACGCCACUUUACCCGGCUACGCGUUACAAAGCUCCCUCACUAACCACUUCCGUGAAGGAUAUUCAUUUUACCAAUUAACUUUCGUUUGUGGUGACGAAUAA